UCGCCCAUGAAGACAGUUUCCUCGUUUCGUGCGCCGUUACUCCGACACCAGGUGGUUUUCCAGUGAAAAAAAUCCUCAAAUUCACCCCAUCGGCAUCACUAAAUCCGCCCGCAGUCCCCGUGAGCCCCCAAGAAUCCCCCAGUGUACCACAAUAGCCCCGAAAAGCGUCGCGAAUCGACUGAAAAAAGCGCGCAAUCAUGUGUUGGACGUGAGACAACCUAAAAGCCCUUUAAAAAACAAAAGUGCAGCUGUAGAAGCGUUUGGGCCCCCGAAAUGUCGUGCACGAGGGGUUUCCACCCUGUCUGACACCCCCUGGGGCACUUCGUGAAGUUUAAAUAAUAGACUGGGGGCAGAACGGCACGGUCGAAGGUGGGUAUGAUGUAAAUUUCGUGCAGAACGGUGUCGGCUGUGUCGAGAGGGCUUUGGUUGGUUGAUUUUAACCAGUCGCUUGGCUCUCGUGCCUGCCCGAGAGAAGCGUUAGAGCGUCGUCACGCAAUUGGGGGUAUCUCAGGUUGUUUGGGAGUUACAAGUGUCCUGGUUAUUUAGUGGUAAAUUCGUCGACAAUGCCGUGGCUGAGGAAAAAACCGUUUCAACGACUUCACGUUUCCUCUGACUACAGGGACGAUGAUGAGGUUUUUCAUUGUGAAGUUACUAAUGAAGUUUUUAAGGAUUACAAUGAGUACUGCGAGAGAAUCAUACUGUGCAACUCCACCAUUUGGUCGUGCAGUAUCACGGGGAAGACUAAUAUGACGUAUGAGGAGGCACUCGCUUGCGAGGAGAAUGCUAAGGCCAGUCUCAAGGAGUUCCCCAUGGAGCUGAGAAUUCCCAUUUUGUAUCUGGCGAGCAAAACCAACAGAAGUUCGUUCAAUGAAAUGAUAGAGGAUGUGUAUCAGUACGCGAGAGACAGGUAUUUCAUUGGGGAAAUGGUGGAGGCAAGCUUCACGGAGGACUCUUGGUGUGAGUGCCAUGUGCUCCAGGUUAUUGAACCCACUGACGAACAGAUCAAGGCGUAUUUCAAGGAGAAUCCGAAACAACCCUCGCAUGAGCGUCACUACCACCCCCCAGCCAAGCUCUUCCGCUACGAGGUGGAGCAGCUGGACUGCGGCGAGAGUGACGUGAGCCAGCUGAUGAUAGUCGAAGCCUCCCAGAUCCGCCGAAAGAAGCAGCUCUACUCCCGCGAGCGCAACAAGAUCUUCCUCCGAAUGUUGUGCCACCAGGCGCCGAGUGGCACCUGGAUCGUGAAAGACGAGAUCCAGCAGAAGUACGGAAUUCCCAAGGUCCGUUUCGACUCCAUUUUCGCCGGGCCGAUGGCAGACUUCUCGAGCCUGCCAAAGCGUCCAGUGAUGAUGAAGCAGAAGCAGGGGACCCUGGACAAAUUCCUGACGUCGAGCCCUUCCAAGUCCACCCAGGACGCCUUCAAGCCCUCGAAGCCAGUGGAGAACAACCACAUCGUGAAGAAGAGGGGCCCCAAGGGGCCGAGGUUGAACGGCAAGUACAAGGAGGACCAGAAGGCCAGGGCUGAGGAGCAGAAGGCGAAGAAGAAGGAGGAACGCCUCCUCAAGCGAGAGAAGAAGAAGGAGGAGAGGCUCAAGUUGGCCGCCUUCUCGGCGUACCUCAGGGACUGGCAGAAGCCUCGGGAGGACCUCGAGUGCGAGGACCUCAGGCCCAUCCCAGAGCCAACCCCAGUCAACUGCAGCAUUCCUGACGACAACUUCGGGGACUUCGUCAUGAUCAUGGAGUUUCUGCACUUCUUCCACGAGGAGCUCGAGGUCUCCGCGUACUUCCCUGGGGGAGUGGGCUUCGACGUCCUGGAGAAGGCUCUGCUGGUGAAGGAGACGUCCGGCCCCUGGUCGGACCUGCUGCAGCUGCUCCUGGCCAACAUCUUCAAGCACCAGGCCGAGGAGGAGGACGAGAUCCACGAGGCGAACUCGGCUGAGGGACUGCCUGAGGCCUCCAUGGAUCAUGGGGUGUCUUCCAUGGCUGAAGCUGUCAAGCUGGCCACUCUGGCGUCGACCUGGUCCCAGACACAUCAGGGGUGUCAGCUGUCGGAGGUCGCGCUCGAUCAUGUCACUGUUAGUGAGAUACUCAGGCAGCAUCUGCUGUCGUCUGGCGGCAGGAUCAGCGAGGUCGCCUCCAAGUGGAGGUACUCGCAGAGGGGGGGGUAUACUAAUCAUGAUGAUCCCGCUUUGGCUCUCAGGAUCAUGCAGGCGAGGAUCCUCAGGACGCUUGGACACAGGUCUGUCUGUGAGUUUGAACUCCAGGACAGGCUGAUCGUGGCGACUUGUCUGAUAAAUCAGCUCCUGACUUUCGCCUCAAUCAGAGAUGUUAUCGAAGAGAGAUAUGACAAGUUGCACCAGGCGAGGAGGGAGUUGAAGUCGUUCAUUGUGGCUGAACAGAAGAAAGAGAAGGAGGAGAGGGAGAAGAUGAAGGAGGAGAGGGAGAGGCUGAAGGAGGAGAGGGAGAGUGGGAAGCUCAUCGAUGAGAUCGAUGAGAGGCCCAAGAAGACGAGGGGCAGCAGGGAGGAGGAGAAGAAGAGGGAGGAGUACGAGGGGAGACUGGGGGAGCUCAGGCAAGCCGCUAAGGACGAUGGGAUGAUGCUACUUCUGGGGAUGGACAGGGCCUUCAGGAGGUAUUGGCGGCUGCUGUCGGUGCCUGGGAUCUUUGUCGAGGAUAAUGAGGAACAUCCGGGGGCGUGCAUCGAGGGGGGGACUAAUUACAUGCCGGAACUGCAGGAUAAAGCUGCUGCUGAGAUAUACCUCAGGAGUAAAUUCGAGGAUGAAAAAAGUGACAACAAGGAGAACGAUUUCAACAAAUCAAAGAAGAAGAAAACCGUGAGUUUCGACAAAAAAGACAAAAACGGUUUAAAGUCCCCCCGAAAGGACUCAGACAUCAGAAGAGCUCUGCUGGCGUGCACAGGUGACAAAGACUGUCCGGUGCACCAGUCGAGUAGUCGUUCCAAGUGGAGUUUCUUCGGUCGUCAGGAGGAGAUCGAGGCCCUCAUCACUGGGCUCUCGAUCCGAGGAAUUCGAGAGGGCGAGCUGCGAAACAACCUCAUCCAGGAGAGCGAGAGCAUCUCCAUGGCGCUGACCAACUGUCCCAAACACAAGCUGAACCCCGAGGUGUUUUCCCCCUCGAACAACAACAACUCCACCAACAAAUCGCGAAAAUCAAAGCAGGAGAACACGAACCUCAAUUUCCCUCCAGACGUUCCCACAGAUGAGGUUCUGGAAUUGACCCUGAAGGACUACGUUCUGGAUCUUGAGGACAAGCUGAAGGCUGGGUGCCUGGGGUCACUGAAGGUGAAGGACAGGGACGUCUGGAGGAAGGAGGUGGGUACGAGUGGAGUGGACCCCCCCGUAUUGCCGACAACGGUCGACAAAAUAAAAAAUGAGAGCAGGAACAGUCGCCCUGGAACUCCGGACUCAGAGUUGGGCGUAGGUGGCAAGACCUACAGGGAUCCUGGCAAGUACCUGGGGCCCCCUGGCGACGACGAGGUGCUGCCGGACGUGCGACAGCAGACGAACAUCAGGCAGAUGGCGUGGGUCAUUCUCCAGCUGUUCCACGCUGUCGAGCCCAAGUACCUGAAGCGUCCCCUGGGGAAUGACGAGAAGGACAAGAAGUACUCGUGCGAGGAGAUGAGGGACAAGUGGGAGCAGUCACUCCUGGCCUCCACCAGCUGGUCCCAGCUGUUCUUACACCUCAAUACUCUGGAGGGAAGUGUCGCCUGGGGGAAGAGUGCCCUCAACGCUCGCUGCAGAAUCUGCAGGAAGUGCAAGGACGCUGAACACAUGCUCCUCUGCGAUGGCUGCAAUAAGGGACAGCAUCUCUACUGUCUCAAACCCAAACUCAACAGUGUCCCUGAGGGCGACUGGUUCUGCAGCACUUGCAAACCGAAGGAGGCCAAGCCCAAGGCCAAGGCCAGGAAGAGGAAGAUGUUCGAGGAUGAGGAGGAGGAGGACAUCACCAAAGACGAGGAGGUGGAGGUGAAGGGCGAGGACGAGGAGAUCAGUGAUCAUCAUUUUGUCAAGGUCAAGAAGAUUGAGACUUGCAGCCAGUGCAACAGCUCUGGCAGCCUCUUUGGGUGCGAUAUCUGUAAUAAACUGUUUCAUUUGGAUUGCGUGGAACCACCCAUGUCCAGGGCACCCAGGGGGCGCUGGCUGUGCCAUGAGUGCAAGAAUCUGAAGAAGAAUGCUACGAAAUUCGUGAAAGGCCGCGAGCGUGAAAGGGAAACGGAGAGGCAGUGCGCAGCAGCUGCACGAUCCCGGAUCCACGGUUUCGCCAAGAGCCUCCUCAGUACAGAAUCCUCCAACUGGUGGGACGAUGGAAGCACAUCUGAAGAGGUGGAGCAGAGACAGACUCGUAGAGCAACGAAGAGGGCAGCUGCUGUUCAAGACAAGACACUUCAUGAUCUUCUGAACGAUGUAAUGCAUCACAGGGACUCCUGGCCGUUCUUGUCACCCGUUAGGACUGACGAAGUACCUGAUUACUACGAGUUUAUCAAGAAACCCAUGGACUUUGGCACAAUCAAGAGCAAACUUGAGGCUGGAGUCUACGAGCAUGAUUCACACCUAUUCUUCACUGAAUGUCUACUUAUAUUCGACAAUUGUCACACGUACAACGCUGAUCACAGCGCUGUCUACAAUUACGUUUACAGAGCCGGAAUGCGACUCUCCAAGUACUUCGAGAAGAAAGCUCGAGAGAUGGGCUUCAACUACGACGAGGAGACCCUCCGACCACCGCCUUCCAAGAAAUUCAAGGACGAUCCAGCCCAGAAAUCCUCCCCCAAUGGAGACCUGGAGCCCAAUGGCGAGAGUUGAGGGAACUGCACUCUAAAAAUAAAUUCACACUCGACUCGUGCCCUAUAUUUUUCACAAAAAAAUGAAUCGAAAAAAUUCUGAUAGAUCCGAGACACUUGUACUUUAUUUUAGUAUAAAAGAAUGAUCAGCAAAAUACUGGUGUGUGUUUUUCACAUUCCUGACAUUAUCGAAUACUCACGAGUGUCUGAUGGCGCCUGCGCCCAGUAUUAAAUAUUAUACUGAAUAUUUUUUAUGUCGAGGAGGAAAAUUACGGGAGCCAGUACAACACUAAUGUUCUGAGUGGAUAUUUAGUUGAGCAAUUUUUUCCCCUUUUCAUUUCAUGGUUAUUUAGGAGAUGAACAUAUUCUCAUUUUUUUUCUUAUUUAUUGUACGGAUUUUCUGCCUUGAGAGGAUUUGGUUCCACUGAGAGGUGUUUUAACGAGUAAAUUCAUUGAAAAUAAAUUGUAAUUAAUUCUGGUAAUGUUGAGUACUUAGGGAUUCUGGAGAUUAGAACAUUUUUUCUGCGUGGUAUAUUAUUAUUAUUGAUUACUGAGUUGAUUUUGGCAGUCGUGCUGACGAAAUUAUUCCCCUCGAUGCGUCAUUUGAGGCUGGACCUAUCACUAGGGUACAAAAAUCUAUAACGAGCGAUUUAAUGAGAUACUGAUGAACUCUUUGUAAUAUCGUAUGUUUUCUACAAUUAAAUUGAUAAUAAAUGAUAUAGUAUUUAAAUA